CCCUUGUGCUCUAUACCCGACCUGCAUCAUAAUGCUCAAGCCCAUCAUCGUCCUGGCUGUGUUGUGCAGCACUUCUGUGCUGGCUACCAGCAAAUACUGCCCCUUCUAUGGCAUUGAGUAUCCCCCUCCCAGCGACUUGUCCAGCAAUAGCGCUUUCAAUAGCGCGGUCAACAGCAUCACUGCGACUCUGGACUCUACCCUUGCUGCGGAUGAGUCCAUCAACACCACUUCUUUUGCCAUUCAGAUCUUCUCAACGGGGGACUCCGCUGCCGAUCCACUCUUUACUUACUAUUACACUUCACCAGCAACUCGGAAUGCAUCUGUUGGAGUAACUCAAAUCGAUGGUGAUACUGUCUUCCGUGUGGGAAGUGUCUCCAAGGUAUGGACACUGUAUCUGUGGCUGCUCAAUGCCCAAGGAGAUAAGUAUUUCAACCAGCCAAUUGUGAAAUAUGUCCCCGAACUGCAGAAACUCGCUCUGAAACAGAGGCACAAUGCGACGCAAUGGGAGGAUCAGGUUGACUUUGCGAGAUGGGGAGAGAUUACCGUUGGUGAGCUGGCCAGCCAGAUGGCAGGCAUUACCAGAGACUAUGGUUUUACCGACCUUGCCACCCAAAUGCCUCAAGCCACCUCGGAAGCCAUGGGGUUGACCGCGCUGAAAGCAGCCGAAAUACCUGUGUGUGGAGCUGGUGGAACGUGCAAUCGCACUGACCUGCUCAGCGGGUUUUCCAAGAGUCAUCCGGUUUUCCCCAGCAGUUAUUCCCCGGCUUAUUCCAAUGCGGCCUUUCAAAUCCUCUCCUAUGCCCUGGAAAGGAUCACCGGCACAUCGUUUGAGGAUCUUCUUUCGGAAACACUCAUCAAACCCUUGAAUCUGACUCGAUCGAGCUACUCUGCGCCAGAUACACAAUAUGGUGUGAUCCCAGGCACGGAAGAAUCUAGCUACUGGAGUUUUGAUGUGGGCGAAGCGACCCCAGCGGGAGGAAUUUACUCUUCUCCUAAUGACCUCAGCAGCUUUGGCCGCUCCAUUCUUUCGCAUACACUUCUCUCUCCCGCACUCACGCGUCGGUGGCUAACACCCGUCUCUCAUACAUCAUCCCUUAACUUUGCUGUGGGCUAUCCGUGGGAAAUCUACUCGUUCGAAACCACCCGCCCCGUGGACCUAUUCACCAAGACCGGUGAUCUGUUCAGCUACGCGGCCCUGAUUGGCCUUUUGCCAGACCACGGCGUUGGCCUUUCAGUUCUCGCAGCAGGCGCAGACUCCGCGCUGGCGACAGGCAGCGUCCCCGUACUCGCCAAUCUACUUUCGUCGGCGUUGGUUCCGGCCUUGGAAGAAGCGGCCAAAGAGGAGGCUGCGAAGCUGUACACGGGGACGUAUGCGGAAGCGUCUACUACGAACGCUACCUCCGCCAUCACUUUCACUGUCGAUGACAGCCCCGGUCUCAGCGUCACUGCCUGGACCAACAACGGUAUCAAUAUGCUGGAGACGGUUAUGGGCUUCUACGGUGCGCCCAACGUCUCGGAUGUGAGCGUGCGCUUGUAUUACAGUGGCCUUCAAUACCGGACGCCCUGUGGCUCGACCUUUGUUGGAUUCAGAGCCAUCAUGCAGUCGACGGCUGCAGCGAGCACCCCGGCGUUCGAUGGCCCAUUCACGCAGUCGUGUAUUUCAUGGCAGCUCAUCAAUGUCAUGCCGUAUGGAAACGUGGGGUUGGAUGAGUUUUUAUUCGAAUUAAAUGCGGACGGGGAUGUUGUCUCCGUGCAACCUAGGGCUUUGAGGAUCACGUUGGCUAAGCAGUAAGCUUGCGCCCUCCGGCAUGGAUCCCAUAGAUUAAACCGGACCUGUUCGGGGAUGGGGAGUCACUUGUUAUUUUGUCUAUAAAUGUCUGGUUUUCGGUGCUUGGCUCUCUUGGUUAUAUUUAUGCAGUUGGGGUUAAAGUUGUGAGUGUACCGAUGUUACUUGUAUAUUUUCUUGGUCC